AUGGCCUCAGCCGUGCGGCGGGUGGCCACAGCGGAGGGCUGCGGGUACAUUCCGAUUUACGAGGCCUGUGCAGAUCACCUUCGGCACGCUGCAGAACAAGGAAGACUGGCGGCCAAGUCUCGAGCAUACAGCUUGGGCGAGUCGCUGUUCUUGCUGUGUGUCCUGCCUUGGCGCUUGUAUGCUGGAAACGGCUCGAGCUUGAAGCAGAUUCAGGCUCGUGCUAUUGCCAUUCCUACCGUCUCAACCUGA